UUUCAGAAGGGAGGACUCACAUCCCGAGGAGGCCUGAAAAGGACUCGCUGGAACUCGAACCCAGAGACAUGGAGACGCUCGUGGUUCUCUUUUCUGGAUCAGUUUGACCGUGCAUAGCUUCGUAUUUUGUUUUUAUUCCGCAAGCGAUCGAGGAUGGAGCAGGCACCGAGCGCACCCAGCCCUCCUCCAAAACCAGCAGAGCCCAUCAGCUUCGGCAUCGACCAGAUUCUUGGAGCCGGUUCGGAGCCGGAGAACGCACGCACUGCUGGUAGACCGAGCGGGACCGAUUUAAGCAACGGGGAUGGAUAUUACAGUUUAGGAAGCCCGGCCGGAGCCGGGGCGCCCUCCUACACCGCGCUGUCCAUCUCGCUCUCUGGCAUCAUGCCUCCGGUGGAGGCGGCGGGUUCGUACGGAGAAAGCAGGAGUUUGGGGAGCAGGGGGGUGAUUCGGGUCCCGGCACACAGACCAGUCACAGCGCCGGGACCACCGACCCCUGUUCAGGGCGCAGUUCCAGGGUUUGGAGGACUGUGUUUUCCCUGGAUAGGAAACAGGUUCUCCAAGGAGAGAAUAUCAGCGGCUCUGGUUCCGUUCACGGUCACAAGAAGGAUAGGACACCCCUAUCAAAACCGCACGCCCCCGAAAAGGAAAAAGCCCCGGACCUCGUUCUCCAGGGUCCAAAUUUGCGAGUUGGAGAAGCGCUUCCACCGGCAGAAGUACCUCGCCAGCGCCGAAAGAGCCGCCUUGGCUAAGAGUCUGAAGAUGACGGACGCUCAGGUCAAAACGUGGUUCCAGAACCGAAGAACCAAGUGGAGGCGACAGACAGCGGAGGAGCGGGAGGCGGAGCGUCAACAGGCCAAUCGUCUGAUCCUGCAGCUGCAGCAGUCUGCUCUCCAGAAGUCCCUUGGUGAAUCGGCGGUGUCUGAUCCGCUGUGUGCCCACAACUCCUCCCUGUACGCCCUGCAGAACCUUCAGCCCUGGGCCGAGGACAGAGAGUAGUGAGCCGCACGAACGGUGUCAUCCGAGGGAGGAUAGUGCUGGCAGACAGAGACUGACAAACUGCUCAUACAUUGGUUGAAUAUUGAGAUUUUUGGAGCGUUGGGAUCACAGGCAGAGAACCUUGAAACCUCAUUCAAAUGCAAAGAUUAAAAUGAAAGUCGCUUGAUAAGUGGUAGUAUCAACAGAACAACCAUUUUAGUUUCUCAACGAUGAAAAUAUCCGGCUAUAAACCCAUGGAAUCCUCCAGCUAACAAGCACACAUGAUGAUGCUGGCGAACAUCGCAAGCCCUCGAUAUGUUCCUGCUCCCAACAAUAAGAAAGAAAUUAGUACGGCCCAAAAAAUAAAUGAGAUGCUCAUCUGCCAACAAUCCCAUCCAAUCCCACGUGUUUUUCAACUUUAUAGCAUUACUUUGAAAAGACACAUUUUUUUUCUGUCAUGUGAGAGCUGAACAAAAUCUAUUCUGUAAAUUUCCCUUCCCUUCAUAUACAACAAUGUUUGUGAUGAAGAAAUAUAAACAAAGAGGCUGGAUGACCUUGGUCAGUCUCAAGGUUUUAGCUGUACCGAAGUAAAAUCGAUUUAAAUUAUUCCAACUAAUAUCCUCUUGUUUGACUGUAAAUAUGUUUGCUAGAGACACACUCAACAGUGUCUGAAAGCAAUAUAAAUAAUUAUUUAUGUUAUUUUUUAUUUUUAUCUUUUGUUUUUUACGAGUUAGUCAUGACAGGGUAGCAGAGGAAUAAAGUCAGUUCUGGCUAUUCCCACAAUAAGUGUCUACAAUCAACCUAAGUGCAUGAUUUUUCUUUUAUUUUCUUUUUAAAUUGCAGGUGCAAAGAGUUACGGUACAAGCUAAACACGCUUAGAACUCUGAAUCGGAUCCCUCGUUCCGAUAUUUAAUAUGUAAAGGACGCUCCCUGUUACCACCUCCUCAUGUAAAUACUUGGUUAUUGUGACACUUUUUCUUGUAAAGAAACUGUAUUGUAACUGCAAAAUGAAGUGACAAGAAGGAAAAUCGCAUUUCAGAGACGCAUGGUCAAUAAUGGUGGUGUUUUUAUUUUAUUUUAAAACUUGCACACAAUCAUUGUUUUAUUUAUGCCCUGGUGAUG